CUCCCCCUCCCCUUCCUCACCACUACCACCAACUACCACCAUCCAACAAAUCUCUGCAGACGGCAGAUUAAAUAAAAUAAAAUGCCCGUCUACAUGCUCUACGGCUUUCGCUGGCCGCGCGCCGGCUUUACCGGCAUCCGCGUAUACAUUGUUCUCCACAACCUGGAAGACGCAACAGCCGAAUACCUCCAACAACCCCUAACCAGCGAACUGGUCAUGGAAUCGCUCAAAAAGACCGAACCAAGCAUCGUCUCCCGCCUACCUAACCUCCGCUUCAUCGAGCAAUACGAUCCUGAAGACACAAGCGACGACGCAGUUAGCAAGCCAUACGCCUACGUCGGUGGGAAAGUCAUCUCCAUCCCCGAGGAUGUCGGUCCGACUCCCGAGACGAGCUGGAAACCAGAGGACAUAUUCCAGCAGGAGCCGCUGGAGAAGGACGCCAUGGAGGCCCUGACGGAGUUUCGAGAUAAGUAUGCGGCUGGUGAGCGCAUUGGCUGGUGGAUUGUGUAUAACGGCGAUCCGGAGAGGUGGUUCCCUCACGAUGAGGAGGAAGAUGGGGAUAGUUUCGAUGAUGGGUACGAUGAGGAAGGAAGUUAUGCCGAUGGUGGAGAGUAUGAGAGUGAUCAGACGCAGACGCCGCCGGAGACACCUUCUUCUGCUACGAUGCGAUUCCCCGAGCGGUUGACUCGAUUGUUUGCUAGGCGAACAGCUUGAUGGCCACGGCUAUGGCUAUAUCGCAAUCCUCUAUACGGCUUAUGACGUGUGCGUGGCUAGUUGCUAGCAUUUUGUUUCCACCAGAAAGCGGGUUUGGGUGUUUGGGUUCGUGCAUGUGGUUUCAUUAGCAGUGUUCAUUUUUGGCGUG